UGCAGUCAUGUGGUGUAUCGGUAUAUUUUUCAGUCUCUUGGUUUUAACCACUUCAGCCGAUCAAAAUGGAAACGAUGAGUAUUCUCUCUCGUCUAAAAAUAUUGCGGACCUAAGAUUAAAGAUGUCUGCUAUGGGAAAUAUUUUAGAGGGAUUGGAGAGAAAUCGCGACCGACUUGAGCAGAAAUCAUUUCCCUUCAGCUGCGCCGCGUCUAUGUGGAGCACAAAAUUGGUGAUCCGUGUGCCCGAGUACAGUGAAUAUCCCUUUAAGGUGGUCUGUGAUCAGCGAGAUUUCGGUGGUGGUUGGACGGUAUUUUAUCGGCGCAUCGAUGGAAGCGAGGAUUUCAAUCGCAAUUGGACCGAAUAUAAAAAUGGUUUCGGCCAUCUAAACAAUGAUUUCUUUUUGGGUUUUGAUAAGCUUCAUGCGAUCACAUAUUCAGAGGCCCAGGAACUGAUGGUCCUUCUAGAGGACAGCAAUACUGGCACCUACAGGAUUAGGUACAACCACUUUAAAAUCGGUCCCGAGCAAAGCAAUUACACUUUGGAAUCGCUGGGAUCAUUUUUGGGUGAAAGCUAUGUCGUAGAUUUUUUGACUGAUCUUUUGGGUAUGCAGUUCAGAACUAAAGAAUGCUACAACGAUGCUUCCGCCAAAAAAUGUGUCGUAAAAUUUCAUGCAACUGGAUGGGACCGAUAUUGUGAAGGAACAACAUAUCCAAAGUAACGACAUAAAAAAAGGGGUAUUACAAACAUCUCCUCAAACCAAAAA